UCUUUGUUUGUUAGCAUAUUCUUGAAAAUGAUGACCAAAGCGAAGCGGCUGGUGAACCCUAAUUAGUUGUCGGUGUUUGUUGGCAGAGCUCGUCUCUGUUUUCUUCGUCAUCUCCCAUCCUCGGCCAGAGAUGCGCCGAACACACUAAAGCUUUCGACUUUCCGACACCCUCUCAGGUUUUUCCUGUUCAUUACAUAGUGCAACUUGAAUUGGAUGCACAUGUUAGCGAAAGCACAUAGUAAGGGGGAUGGAACCAAGUCCCUGGCUAAGAUACUGGCGAAAUGGAAAGAAUAUAAUGCCCAGCUUGAUUCCUGUGAUGAUGCGGAUAAACCAGUUCGCAAAGUUCCUGCCAAGGGAUCAAAAAAAGGGUGUAUGAAAGGUAAAGGUGGGCCUGAGAACUCGCGGUGUAAUUACAGAGGUGUUAGGCAGAGGACUUGGGGAAAGUGGGUUGCUGAAAUCAGAGAGCCGAACAGAGGGAAUAGGCUCUGGCUAGGUACUUUUCCCACUGCCAUUGGAGCUGCCCUUGCAUAUGAUGAAGCAGCGAGGGCAAUGUAUGGAUCCUGUGCCCGUCUUAACUUUCCCAAUGUUUCUGUUUCCAGUUUCUCUGAGGAAUCCUCCAAAGAUUCUCCAUUGGCGAAUCAUUCUGGUUCCUCAAAGGCAGUGUCUGCAAAUGAAUCCAUGGUUUCACUUAGUAACUCUAAGGGGGGAGGAGCAGAAGAGGAUGUCGAUAUGGAGCCCAUUUCCUUAUCCUUAAGUGUAAAACACGAGAACGGUGAAGGAUAGAAUAGUGUAUGGUGACUCUACACAAAGCAGAUGGGAACAAAGCAUGAAGUAUUUGAGUUUGAGAUGGAUUUGCCGCAGUUUCAAACCAACAUGGAUGGGAAACACAAUCUUUUCUAUAUAAUAAAAUCAUAUCGGAUUAACAAAAAAGACGACAUUCUCGAGACCAGGAGAAUAGGAGGAUUCAUAACCAUAAUUAUGUCAAAGUUUUCGAGUUUUUUCUUUUCUCAUCAUAGAAUAUUUGUUGUGCUGUUUCCUGUGACCCUCCGCCCGCAAUCCCAUGAUGCUAGCUGUACUGAAUAUCGAUUCUUUC